AUGGGCAAUCUCCAGACCGUGGGGCCGCUUGGCGUCAACCUCGCCAGUGGGUUCCUCGGUAGUGGGUUUGCCGGAUUCGACAUCAGCGGGGCGACCGGAACCGCCUACCUGACGAGCGCCAACCCGAACCAGGCGACGAGUCUGUACAUGGUUGACUUGGGAACGGGCGCUGCAUCGCUGCAGGGAACGGUCUCGGGGCUCAUCGGCCAAGGCGUGAUUGCCGAUAUCGCGGUCGCAGCGGUCCCGGAGCCGACCUCGGCGUGGCUCGUCGUCGUGCGCAGCAACGCUCCCGCUCCCCCGCUUCCCGCCAUGAUCACGCCCGACCAGCUCCGCGGCGCCCACGUCGCCCUCCUAACCCCCAUGAAACCGGUCGGCUCGCUGAUGGGGAUCGACUUCCACCGCGUCUACAAGCUGAUCGACACGGUCCUCGAAGCGGGCGUUAGCGGCGUCCUCUUCGCCGGCACCACGGGGCAGUCCGCCAUGCUCAGCCACGACGAGCAGGUCGACCUCUGCACCCGCGGCAUCGAGUACGCCCGCGCGAAGGCGGCCCAGCAGGGACGCAGCGUCACGUGCCUCGCCAGCGCGGGCUCGAACUCGACCGACGAGGCCCUGCACCUCAGCGAGCGGAUCACCAAGGCGAUCCACCCCGACGCGCUGCUGCACGUCACGGGCUAUUACAACAACCCGCCGCAAGAAGGCCU